CGAGGAGAAGAGAAGAUGGGAGGCGUUUUCACAAGGCUCAAAGGACUGGAUCUGUACAGGAAAGUCCCGAGAGGUCAGCAAAACACAACCCGCGUCACUCACUCACGCACUUGAUGACAUACGCUGCUGGUGCUCUCUUUCUGCGCUGCCAUCAGAUCUAAGUGAGCCCACUUUGUCUGGCGCUUUCGUGUCGCUCGUGUCGGCCACGCUGAUGACAUGGCUCUUCGUCAGCGAACUCAUGGCAUAUCUGAAGAUCCGCGUGCACUCAGAGAUGUACAUAGGUGAGGGAGCCGCAGACGCGCACACACACAUCGAUGGAUGUGUGCAUUGCAAUCAAAGGAAGGUCACUGAUUGGUGUGUUGUGUUGUGUCGUGGUGGGGCAGAUCAUCGGCGGGAUGACGACCGCCUGCAGAUCAACCUGGACGUGUCCAUUCAUCGGCUGCCUUGUGAGAUUCUAUCGCUCGAUGCACAGGACGUCAUGGGCAGCCAUGAAGGUGAGGGAGGGAGGCAGAAGCAAGCAGAUCUGCUUAUUGGAUGCAUCACUACUUGUGUGUGUGUGUUGGUGGAUAUCCAUUUCGAUCAAUCAGUCGAUAUUCACGGCAACUUGGUCAAGACCCGCAUAUCCAAGGACGGUGCUGAAUUGGAGAACAUGCCAAUACAGGGCAGCCAGAUCAGCCCGAGAGGGCUCUCACCAGGGGCUGCAACCACCAUACAAGUAGGAAGGGAAGGAAUGAAGCGAGGGCAACCGAGGGCAGGCAACACACGAAAACGCUCAGGGGCGUGUCUGUGUCUGCAUGUGUGUGCAUAGUACCACUACAGUCCUGAGGACCUCAAGAAGAUCGAGCAGAUGGUCAAGGACUUAGAGGGAUGCAGGAUACGGGGAUUCGUACAGGUCAACAAGGUCAGCCACUCAGUCAGUCAGUCACGUCCACGUCAAUACAGCUGUCGUGUGAUUGACACACCGACUGCCCUUCCUUCGUCAGGUCCCCGGCAACGUGCACAUAUCAACACAUUCCCACGCGCACCUGCUGGGUACGUGCGUGAGUGAGACCAGACAGACACGCGGCAAGCCAUGGGCGUCAGUCAUCCGUCCGAAGUGCAUCCAUCCAUCUUGUAUUGUUCGGUGGUGCAGCGUCGCUGUACGGCACCUGGCAGAAGAUGGACAUCGGCCACACCAUCAACCACCUCUCCUUCGGCAACGACCGAGAGGUCGAGUACGUCAGGCGGACCUUCAAAGACACCGGCAUCGUCAGCCCACUUGACGGAUCAGCAAAAACACAGCCUGGUGGGAAUGAAGCCCAUGUAGUUAGUGCACAUACAUGGCAACCAACCGUGGCAGAACAUAUUGCUGGCUCUGUGUGUGUGUGUAUGUGUGUGUGUGUGUGUGUGCAGAGAAGCAUGAUGAUCCGGUGAUCUUUGAGUAUUACUGCAAUGUGGUGCCGACUAUCUAUGAGGGCCUGGAGGGCAGCGAGCGGCACGUGUUCCAGUUCACGGCCAACUCCAACCAGAUCGCCAACCCACAAAUGCCCUCUAUCUACUUCAGGUGAACAGUGAACAAACACACCACGUGCGCCGGGGUCCCUUCCCUGGGCUGUUCAUGUCAUUCGUGUACUGUACGGUUGUUAUGUGUGUGUGUGUAGGUAUCACAUCUCGCCCGUGACGGUUCGGUUCCAGGAGAUGAGGGAACAACUCAUCACCUUCCUCACACAGGCACGCAAGAGCCACACCCACACAGUGGCUUGCCUUGCGUCUGUCUACUUCUAUCGGCUCUGUCGGCUCUGCUGGUGGUCAGGUGUGCGGCAUUGUGGGUGGCGUCUUCACCGUGGCGGGGCUGAUGGACGCCAUCAUACACAGGCACUGCACGCACACACAGCAAACAGACACACGGAGGGGCUCAUCUUUUGUGUGGUGUGUGCGCAGGUCGAUGAUGCAUCUGGCCAAGAGCACCAAGUUGGGAUGACAUAUACAUGGAGAAUUUAGACUGUGUGUGAACAGUGUACAGCGACAAUUUGUCAGCCGUGUGUGUCUGACUGUGUGUAUGGUUGCGAUGGGCCUAAUUAAUCUCGACACUCGUUGGGCACAACAGAAGGAUUUGAGCGUG